CUCUCUUUGAGCUGGAGUGCUCAAGAGCCAGCUCCAGCCUUCGAAAAGAUGUUUUCUGUGAAGAUCUUUUGCCUGGUCCUGAGUGUGGUGGGCACGGUCUGGACCACCAAUGUCAAGGAAAGUGAAUUUAUAGCCGAAGGAGCAGCUGGACGUGGCCCAAGAAUUGUGGAAAGACAGCAAUCUGCCUGCAAGGAGACAGACUGGCCCUUCUGCGCUGAUGAAGACUGGAACUACAAAUGCCCUUCUGGCUGCAGGAUGAAAGGGUUAAUCGAUGAAGUCAAUCAAGAUUUUACAAACAGAAUAAAUAAGCUCAAAAAUUCACUAUUUGAUUAUCAGAAGAACAAUAAGGACUCCAAUUCAUUGACAGGGAAUGUAAUGGAACUUGUGAGAGGGGAUUUUGCCAGCGCUAACAAUAACGAUAAUACAUAUAGCCAAGUGACAGAAGAUCUGAGAAGCAAAAUUGAGAUCCUGAGGCGUAGAGUCAUAGAACAAGUACAGCAAAUCCGCCUUCUACAGAAGAAUGUCAGGGAUCAGCUGGUAGAUAUGAAACGACUGGAGGUGGACAUUGAUAUUAAGAUCCGAUCUUGUCAAGGGUCAUGCAGUAGGGCUUUGGAACGUAGGACAGAUCUAAAGUACUAUGAAGAUCAACAGAAGCAACUUGAGCAAGUCAUUGCCAAAGACUUACUUCCACCUAAAAACAGACAACAAUUACCACAGCUGAAAAUGAGCAAAGCUCCAAAUACGCUUCCUGGGGACUUCAAGAGCCAACUUAAGAAUGUCCCUCCAGAGUGGAGGGCACUCAUGGAAACGCAACAGAUGAAAAUAACAUUCGAGGGGUCUGGUAGAGAUGGGAAUACCCGAGGAGACACUGCAUCUCAUGGAACAGGAUCAAUGCCUGAAAACCCCCGGAACCCUGGGAGCUCCACACCAGGAAGUUCUGGCACUUGGAACCCUGGGAGCACCAGGCCUGACAGUGAUGGCAGUUGGAGCUCUGGGAGCACUGGGACGACCAGCAGCAGCUCUUGGAGCUCUGGGAGCACUGGGACGACCAGCAGCAGCUCUUGGAGCUCUGGGAGCUCUGGGAGCACUGGCACUUGGAAUGCUGGGAGCACCGGAACUGGCAGUACUGGUCCUUGGAGCCCUGGAAGUUCUGAAUCUGGAAGCUUUAGGCCAGAUAGCGUUGGGCAUGGGAACUCCAGGCCUACCAACCCAGACUGGGGCACAUUUGAAGAGGUGUCAGGAAGUGUAACUCCAGGGACAAAGAAAGAGUUCCACACAGGUAAACUGGUCACUUCUAAAGGAGAUAAAGAACUUCUUAUUGGUAAUGAGAGGAUCACCUCUGGAAGCGGGACCACCACUCGUCGUUCGUGCUCUAAAACUGUUACUAAGACUGUUAUAGGUCCUGAUGGUCGCAAAGAAGUGACCAAAGAAGUGGUAAACUCUGAAGAUGGUUCUGACUGUGGUGACUUACCCCAUUCUUUUGCUGGUAGCUUAGAUGAUCUCCAUUCUAGGCACCCUGAUCUGGAGAGUUUCUUUGGCACUUCCUCAACUAGAAACAUAUUUCCAGGUGGGCUUUCACCCUCACACAGAGAGUUUGAUAGUAGGACCCAUGCUUUGGGCUCAGAAUCGGACAUAUUCACACACUUCGGGGCAUCUGAGUUCCCUUCCAGUGGUAAAACUUCAAGUCACAGCAAACAAUUUUCAAGCAGUAGUACAACGUUCAACAGAGGAGACUCCACAUUUGAAAGCAAGAGCUAUAAAGUGGCAGGUGAGGCUGGAACUGAAGAGGAACAUGAAACCCUCAAGGGAGGAUAUACCACCAAAAGAGGCCAUGCUAAAGUUCGCUCUGCCAGAGACUGUGAUGAUGUCCUCCAAACACAUCCUUCAGGUGCCCAAAGUGGUAUUUUCAAUAUCAAGCUACCGGGAUCCAGUAAGAUUUUUUCUGUUUAUUGUGAUCAAGAGACCAGUUUGGGAGGAUGGCUUUUGAUCCAGCAAAGAAUGGAUGGAUCACUGAAUUUUAACCGGACCUGGCAAGACUACAAGAAAGGUUUCGGCAGCCUGGAUGACAAGGGGGAAGGAGAAUUCUGGCUAGGCAAUGAAUACCUCCACUUACUAACUCUGAGGGGCUCUGUCCUUCGGGUUGAAUUAGAGGACUGGGCUGGAAACCAGGCUUAUGCAGAAUAUCACUUGAGGGUAGGCUCCGAGGCAGAAGGCUAUACCCUGCAGGUCUCUUCCUAUGAGGGCACAGCAGGUGAUGCUCUGAUUGAGGGCUCUGCAGAGGAAGGAACAGAGUAUACGUCACACGCGGACAUGCAGUUCAGCACCUAUGACAGGGACAGAGACCAGUGGGAAGAGAACUGCGCAGAAGUCUACGGAGGAGGCUGGUGGUACAACAGCUGCCAAGCGGCCAAUCUCAAUGGCAUCUACUAUCCUGGGGGCUCCUAUGAUCCAAGGAACAAUAGUCCUUAUGAGAUUGAGAAUGGAGUGGUCUGGGUCCCCUUCAGGGGUGCGGAUUAUUCCCUCAGGGCUGUUCGCAUGAAAAUCCGGCCCCUGGUGACCCAAUAGGACUGGAAGGGAGAGUAAUCUGCUUGCUUUGUUUAGUGAAAUAGAGGGGAAAAUGAGGACGAUAAAGAAGUUAAGAUUCUUUACAAUCUACUAAGAAAUUCAUGGGUGCUAUUUUAUUAUUCUUUGUACUGUAUCUUAAUGUA